AGUUGUAGUCCAAUCUUCGGAGCGCGACGUCAUCACCGCUCUUCUUUUCCGCUUCCUGCUCGCCCCGCAUGAGCGCGCAGAAUGGGCGUCGCCGGCAAGGCACCCGCCAACGUGGGACUACAUUUCCCAGUGGACCGUGGGCCCCAUGUCCCAGCCCCAGGUGAUGCCAUGGAGAGCAGGAAGCCAGGGCCGGUGCAGGUUGUAUUGGUGCAGAGAGACCAGCAUUCCUUCGAGCUAGAAGAGAAAGCCCUGGCCAGCGUCCUCCUGCAGGACCACGUCCGAGACCUCGAUGUGGUGGUGGUGUCCGUGGCCGGCGCCUUCCGCAAGGGCAAGUCCUUCUUCCUGGACUUCAUGUUGCGCUACCUAUACUCCCAGAAGGAAGGCGGCCGUUCCGGCUGGCUGGGCGAGCCAGACGAGCCCUUAACUGGAUUUUCGUGGCGCGGGGGGUCUGACCCAGAGACCACCGGGAUUCAGAUCUGGAGCGAAGUGUUCAUUGUGGAGAAGCCAGGUGGGAAGAAGGUCGCAGUUGUGCUGAUGGAUACUCAAGGAGCAUUUGACAGCCAGUCCACCGUGAAAGAUUGUGCCACCAUCUUCGCUCUUAGCACCAUGACUAGUUCCGUUCAGAUAUAUAAUCUAUCUCAGAACAUUCAGGAAGAUGAUCUCCAACAGUUGCAGCUCUUCACAGAAUAUGGGCGUCUGGCCAUGGAUGAAAUCUUCCAAAAACCCUUCCAGACACUGAUGUUUUUGGUUCGAGACUGGAGUUUCCCUUACGAAUACAGCUAUGGACUACAGGGAGGAAUGUCAUUUUUGGAUAAACGUCUACAGGUGAAAGAACACCAGCACGAGGAAAUUCAGAGCGUCCGGAAUCACAUCCACUCGUGUUUCGCCAAUGUCACCUGUUUCCUCCUUCCACAUCCGGGACUCCAGGUGGCCACAAGUCCUGACUUCGACGGGAAAUUGAAAGACGUCGCCAGCGAAUUCAAAGAGCAGCUGCAGACGCUGGUCCCGUUUGUGCUGAACCCCUCUAACCUGAUGGAGAAGGAGAUCAAUGGCUCCAAAGUCACCUGCCGGGGGCUGCUGGAGUAUUUUAAGGCGUACAUUAAAAUCUACCAAGGGGAAGACCUGCCUCACCCCAAGUCCAUGCUUCAGGCUACCGCGGAAGCCAACAACUUGGCUGCUGCAGCCUCUGCCAAGGACGUGUAUUACAGACACAUGGAGGAGGUCUGUGGGGGAGAGAAGCCUUACCUGUCGCCCGACAUCCUGGAGGAGAAGCACGACACAUUCAAACAGCUCGCCCUGGAGCAUUUUAAAAAGACCAAGAAGAUGGGCGGGAAGGAGUUCAGCCUCCGCUACCAGGAGGAGCUGGAGGAGGAGAUCAAGGAGCUCUACGAGAACUUCUGCAAGCACAACAGCAGCAAGAACGUCUUCAGCACCUUCCGCACGCCCGCUGUCAUCUUCACGGCCAUCGUGGCUCUGUACGUGGCGUCGGGCCUCACGGGCUUCGUGGGCCUGGAGGUGGUGGCCCAGCUGUUCAACUGCAUGGUGGGGCUGCUGCUGAUAGCGCUGCUCACCUGGGGCUACAUCCGCUACUCGGGGCAGUACCGCGAGCUGGGCGGUGCCAUCGACUCCGGAGCAGCCUUCGUGCUGGACCAGGCGACUUCUCAUCUUGGCAACUCCACUCAGGCUGCCGUGAGGGACGCGUUUGUGGGGAGCCCGUCUGCGAAUAAAAAAGCAGAGUAGUCUGUGAACCAGGCGCCCGGCACGAAUCCGCCCAGCCCCCAGCCGAGGGCUGGGUCUCCACCACGCCCCACGGGGUGAGCCAAGCAACACGGGAGCUGGGCCAGGAGCAAGAACACAGCACGAAUAAAAGAGCCGACCCCUCUCCCCGUGGCUUCCAGUUCUCACCUGCCCUUGCUUCCAAGUCUGUCGGAAGCCCUUCUUUUCUUUGCUGAUCCAGAUCCACGCCUACGUCUGUUGUCUUACUACUCAUUACUCUGCUUUGUGCACUUUAUUGGGGGGGAAGCUAAAGAAAACAGUAGCCCUUGACGUGCCACUUAGUGCCUUUCUGGAUUGGACCCGGGCUUCUGCAGACACACGGGAAGGCAGGACGUGGGAAUAAGUUCACAGAAGGUGUCCUUUUGGGCGAGGGAGGGGGUAGAGGCCGGCAGUUCCCCUCCUACCCUGACUCUUGGGAGGAGGGAUUCUUCCCCCCCCCCCCACAAUGUUUACAGAACUUGCAAGAGCUUCAGAAUUCAAAGACUGAACAACAAUGUCAUUACACUAUCUACAGUUCCUACUAUGUCUUGCUUGCCUCCCAGCCUGGGGGAAGAAAAAAAAAAUCACAUCACAUUAAAAUCCAACCUAGCCCGAAACGUAAGGUCUUCCACCUCUCAGCCGCCGGUUUUAUGGCAACCAGCUUUUAUUUUUCUUGUGCUCCUUUUAAAAUUUCUACGGCUUCUUUCACGAAAGGAGGCAGAUAGGCCUUGAAAUGCCAGAGUGACUUCUAAUGAAAGGAACCAGCAAAAAGCUUGAGCUUAAAUGAACCAUGCGGCCUCUUAUGUUACUUGGCCUUGUGCUGUGGUCGGCUUCACUGUAGGUAUAUCAUACAUAUUUGUAUUACACACACCUUGCACAUAAUUGUCAUUUGAGAGAGUUUGCUUCUGGGGGCUCGCAUACAGAUAAGAGGCAAAACUACCCAAUUAUCACUGCCUCUACAUGUCCUGUUUCGUGUUGCUUAGCUGUAAAUCAGGUCUUUAUCCAAAAACAUCUGCUCUCUUCUUUGCACUAAUAUAUAUUUUAGACAAUGAGGCUAAUUAAAACUCACUUUUUUUUUAAGCGAAUCUAUUAUGAUAACUUUACUUGACUAGUCUAGUCACUUUCAAUAGCUUUGACUUAGGACCAAAGCCCUAUCCAAAUAUGGAUGACGUCUAAGAAUCCUUUUUAAUUCACCUUGAAGGUGUGAUUUUUUUUUUUUUAAAUCAAUUAGUUGCCUUUCCCUUCAGUUUACAAUAGUGAUUUCUUAAGAAUUUCAACACUUCAAGCUUGCCUGCAAGUGUUGGUGUAGACGCUGAGGUACAAUGAGCCUUCAUUCUUAAGAUAAUUUUUGUUGUGGAAAGGAGCUCAGAAGGCAGAGUCUGAGUGUAGAUUUUGUAUGGGAAGUGCAGAUAGAAGGUGGGACCAGUUUCUCCCAGGAUGGAAUCUCUAGCAAAGGAAAUUCUGGUUGGACACUUUGCCACUCACCUAUCUUUAUAAGGACUGCAAGCAUUUCUUUUUUUUCCACAUUUACUGUAACUUCUUGCCCUGAACUCUUUCCUAUUUUAGUCACCCAGCCUUUAAAUUUAGACAAAAGACACUGCAGAUCGUUUUCAAAACCUUCCUUACAUAUCAGGGAUGGUUUUGUUGAUCUGUCAAGCUGACAGCUUGAUUCUGAAAUGUUAGUGCAUUUUCAGAUGAACUCUUUCCUCUGAGUUUCAUACUUCUUAGCGAAAGGCCUUACAGAUGUUGAAAAUACUUAUAAGUGCAUUUAUAGAUUUUUGAAAAGGUGGUCAGAAGGAUCCUUUUAAUGGCGAGAAAAGAAUUAUGUGCCUAAAACUCGAUGUAAUACUAACAAUAUUUGUAAUCCUAAAGCACUGGGUCUUUUUUUAAAAGAAAAAUCCAAACCUGUGGUUAAUGUAUGACCUUAGUACUUAGUUACUGUUGACACUGGUGGUUUUGUUCUUAGAAAUGUAUAAGGUUGGUUGAAUGACCUUGGGGGAGGUCUUACAUCUGGCUAAUGUAUUCUGUUUCCGGGAAGUGUUUUGUCAAAUUUCCCAUGGAAGAUUCUUAGGAAUUUUCUUUGGCCUUUUUUUCUUUUUCCCUCUCAACAGUAAAUUGAUUUUUAUCAGCUUUCAAAAACAAAAGAUGUGUUCUCACUGCUGGCAGUCGCCAGUCCUGUUUCAGAGUGAUGUCCAUCUCCUCUGUCUGUGGGUCAGGGACACUUGGCAGUUCUGAAGUGUAAGGAGCUCCCCCGCCAUCCCUGCUCCUGCCCACACUAAGUGCGUCAUCUGUACACGCCUACUAUUCUCUAGAGGGCUUCAGAAUUUGUAUUUGGAUAACUCGGUCAGAAGAUAAGGGAUACUAAACUUGUUUUUUUUAAAGAACCUUCCAGUUUGUUUCUGAAGGCACAGAGAAUAGGAUCAGAGCCUCAGCUGUUGCUUCAAGAAGUCUUCAAGGACUGGCCCCUAGACACAAGCUGGCAAGGGGGUGUGACGUGACAUCUUCAGAGCCACCCUAGCAGUGCACCAAGGCAUCUGUCCCGUGUGGCGGACCAAGGACUGUUUUGUGUUUGUUAAAAUUGCCUGUGAAUAUAUUUUUGUUUUCCUUUUUUUUUCUUUUCUUUGCUUGCUCUUUCUGUCUUAUUUACAUGUCAUUAAAUGCUUUUGACAAAGAC